GCGAGCGAUAGAUGUCUGAGGAGCACAUCUCUGAGGACGGGAGUACAGCGCUGUUAUUCAUGAUGCAGUUCAUGCUUCUGUUCAGUCGUCAAGGCAAGCUCCGGCUGCAGAAAUGGUACGUGCCUCUGUCUGACAAAGAGAAAAAGAAGAUCACCAGAGAGCUGGUGCAGACCGUCCUGGCUCGGAAGCCUAAAAUGUGCAGCUUUUUGGAAUGGAGAGACCUAAAGAUUGUGUAUAAGAGAUACGCCAGCCUGUAUUUCUGCUGUGCCAUAGAGGACCAGGACAACGAGCUCAUCACGCUGGAAAUCAUCCACAGAUACGUGGAGCUGCUGGAUAAAUACUUUGGCAGCGUUUGUGAACUCGACAUUAUUUUCAACUUUGAGAAGGCCUACUUCAUCCUGGAUGAAUUCCUGCUGGGCGGGGAGGCCCAGGAGACGUCCAAGAAGAACGUUCUGAAGGCCAUCGAGCAGGCUGACCUACUGCAGGAGGAUGCCAAAGAUGCAGAGACGCCCCGCAGUGUGCUGGAGGAAAUUGGACUCACAUAAACAUGAUCUCCAUCACCGCCACCUUGCUUCGGCCUCAGACCCCGUCCUGUGCUGGCUACGGUUCCAAGACGACCACAUAAUGACCGUUUUGCCAUGUUUAUUAGUUUUCUACUUUUAUUUUUUCCAUACUUUUUUAUGUCAGUGGUCGGAGCGAUGAUAUAAAAGGUGAAAAAGGCAAAUAAUAAUAAUAACUAUAUGUUUUCUGUCAAACAAUUGAAAAAACUGUGUCAUAUUAUUAAAAGGGAAGUCAAAGGUAUUACGUUAGAACCAAAGAGUAUAGCUUCAUCACUGGGAAGUCAUUUUCAGCCUAUAUUUUUACAAUGAAGAUCUGUGUAAAUUAAAAUGUACUGUUUCAGCUGAAAUAAGAGACUUAGACUUUAGACUUAGAUUUAUUUUAUCAUUUUGUAUACAAGUGUAUACAAAAAGAAAUUUCAUUUAAAACUGCUCUAGACAAUUUCAUCUUUUCAAUAAAUAAAAGCUGCGUUAUCUUAAUUUACAAACUCACACCACUCUGAUCAGUUUAACUUUGGCUCUACAUACAGUAGAUUUAAAAUAAAAUGCCUUAAACCACUGAAUAAUAUUUAUUAUUUAGAACUUAUUCAAUUUAUAUGGCAUCAAUGUAGCAGGUUAAGAUAUUUCGUGUAAAGGCCAAGAAAAUGAGCUGACUGUUGUUUUUCAUUGAAUGUAUACAGCUACAGCACUUUUCAUUCAUUUUGUAUUAUAUGAUGGAAAAUCAGCGACUUUCAGUGGCUGUUCGCAUUUCAGAAAUAAGGGAAUCAAUUGUUAAAUAAUCUCUCAUUGCAGAUACUGAAUUAGGGAGUAAUAAAAUCCAACAAAGCAGGAAGUUUAGCAGUUUUUUGCCACAUGCUGCAAGAAGUUAAAGAAAGAAAGUUGAAAUUGAACUAACAUGAAGAUAUAAUUUAAUUAAUAGAUCGAUGUUAACGUAAACCUUCAUCUCCUCCCGAUUAAUGGGCUGUAUGCCCAGCUCCAUUGCUUCCUGAACUUCAGCUGCCCCUUUGUGUCUUUUAUUACUGGACAAACU